AUGUCUGAAAAAUGCAGAUAAAUUUUUCAAAAGCAGCCAAUUAAAUUUGAAACAAAACUAAGAUAAAGACUGGACACUAUCUAUACUGAGGAUAGCAAUAAUCUUAUUAUUUAAAGCAGGAUGAAGUCCAGAAGUAAUAUAACCAGUUAGGAUUAUAACAUCUCAGACGACGAAUCUCUGGUCUUUGAUAUUCCAAGUAAAAAAUUUAUUUCAAUUGAUUUUAACUAGAGACAAAUAUUAUCAAGCCAUCAUUUGAAGGUGCGAUCUUAGAGAAAAAUGAAAAAAAUGAAGAUGAAAGCUCAUUCUGAGAAAAAUCUGAUGAAAGGGAAUUAGAUGAAAAUUUAACCCAACAAUAUUAAAUUGAUAUUGAGUACAGCAAGAGUUUCAUUCCUGGAUCUAAACCACACAAAUCACUUAUAUCCAGCUUCAAGAACAACCAUAGGAAGUUGCAGGGCUGAAUUGAGGGAGACAUUUACUCCUAGUUAUUUAUUAUCAAAUGAAGGUGCUUCCACAGCUACAGGAAGAGAUGUUCUCAGAUCAGGAUAUGAAACUAUCGACUUACGACCUGGAAAUAAUAGUAUUAAAACUAAUUAAGGAAGCAAUUAAAAAGUUUAGUUAUAUCGUCAAUUACACGAAUAAUCUAGGCCAUUUAACUUACAGAUUCCAACGGUAACAAAUCAGGCUAAAAUCCUUCUUAAGCGAAAGGAUCCAAAUUUUUUAAGAAAAACUACAACUGAUGUUACGGACUAAUUAAAAAAUACAAUUAACUAUGCCAAGUUAAUUAAGAUGAACCAACAUGAUAUAAAAGAUCAUAAGACUGAAUCUUUGAUAGAUCAAUGGAUGAACAAUAACUACACUGCAAGUUUUAAGAGUAAUGAUUUGGUUAGCACACAUUAAUCAAUGACAUUAUAAAAUUAUAACAGUUUCGUAAAACCUAAGAUACCAAUACAAGAGCAAAAUUCUGAAAGCAUAUAAUCAAUAAACAUAACAUCUGUAUCGUAAUCAAAGGAUAGAAUUAAAUUAGAAUUGAAUCCUUUAGAGACAGAAAUGGAGGAGAUCAAAUUGAACUUAGGACAAGUGGUUUCAGAUCAAGAUUAAGAUAAUCAUGAUCAUCUGACAACAGAAACCUACAACUUUGAAGAGGAUUUCAAGGAUUCACUCAUAACACUUGCACACGGAAUACCUGCAGAGAAAUUCCAUUAUUCUAAGUAGCAUCAAGAUAAAUGUACAUUAUUACUAUCACCAACUCUUAAAUAUAUCAAAUGGAUAUACCAUCACAAACAAGUUGGAGUAAAUCAUAAGGACAAAAUAGGGCGAUGUGAUUUGGAUACGAUCAAGGGGAUUAUAUUUGGAGCCUAAAGUUCAACAUUUCUUAGAUAUAGACAAAAAAUACUGAAAGAUAUUAACAACCAUCAUAUAAGAGCGCCAUUUUAUGCUUGGUAAUGCGUUUAAGGCGAUGAACAUGAUGAGGAAAUUGAAAUAAAUACCUUCGUACUCUAGUUAUUAAAUGAAAAAUAUCAGAAAAACCCUAUGAUCCUUUACAAAUUUUUAAGAAUAAAGAUGAAAAUUUCCUAUGAGGCAUGUAGAAAAGCAAUGUCUGUUUAGGAAUUAUUUAUUGGCUCAAUAAUAAAAGUUUAUAAAAAGAAUUUGAAAGAGAAAAAUUUGGAUGAAGAGCCGUUAGAAUUAGAAGAAAAUCUGACAUUCAAAUCAAGUAUUAUUAAUAGUCCUUCUAGAAGAUAAAAAACUACAAAUCCAAAAAGUGGAUUUGGAUAGGCCAUUGAAGAUUAAUAAGAGGAUCAUUCUGAUUCAUUUAUCAAGAAAGAUGUGUUUCUUGUUCCAAGACAAAAUGCUGAAAUAGAUUUGAGAAUAAUCUCAGAAGAAUCAUCUUUUGAUGAGGAAGAAUUCUUUUAGAAGAAUUACAAAACACACUCAAACGCAAAGAAUAGCUUGCAUACUCUCAAAACAAUAAUGAUCCUUAAAUCUCUUUAAGUAGUCAAGGGAUUGCAUAAGCUUAGAAUAUUAUAAAGAAAGUAAAAGCUAAGUAAAUUCAAUUUCAUCAAAGCUUUGUAGCAAAAGGGGUUCUCCAAGAUUCCAGAUGAUUUAAAAGUAUCUAAGCUUCCAUCCGCUUUUCACUUUUAUGAUCCUAUACCAAAGAUGAUUGAGCUGCAUGCAAAUCCAAAUAAACUUCAUCGCUUAAAACCAAUUGAAUCUAAUAGUGAUAUAACUUACAAUAAAUAUAGUAUAGAGGAUUAAUAACCAGAAUAAUAAUAAGGCUGUGGUCCCUAGACUAGCAGGACAGAAAGCAAAGGUUUUUUCGGCAGGUUAUUUUGUUGUUUUAAAACACCAACUUCAGCUGGAAGUAAUUAUUUUAACAAAGGCAUUAAAAAAUCAUAAAAUUAUCUAAUUAAACAACCAAGCAUUCAAAGACCUAAGAGAACUCCUUAAAGAAAGAAGUCUAAUGAUAAGUCUAGCACAGUCAGUUUAAAAGAUUCUAAAUUGAGCUUGUAAUAAGUUGUUUAACUUGCAUAGUUGAAAAAAAGCUAUAAUGAAGAUCUUGAGAUACAUCUGAAGCCAGGUAAUUAGAUCACUAAGGAAGAACUUGAUAACAAGCAGCUUUUUAUAAGAUAAUUAAUGAAUCUAAAAGUUAAGGGAAGAUUCAUAGAAGAAACACAGCAGUUCAUAUCUGAAAUUGGAUAAAAACCUUCUAUUGAAUCUUAAAAGAAAAUGAUUAAGGGACUCUCAUAUUAGAAUGAAGACUAAUACGAUGAUUUCUGUAAGAAAGUGAAGCAAACAAAGUCUUUUUCCAAAAAAUAGUACAUCUUAAAUGAAACUUUAAACUAAGAAUUUUUCUACUACAAUCCCCUUUACAAAGAUCUUCUUAAGAAGAAAAACAGUCUGAUGGUUCAAACUGAGACAGCCAGAUAGAAUUUUCGCAACAAAGGUAAAAUUAUAAACGAAAACGUUUUUAUAAUAAAAGAAUUCAAGCCGGCAGUUACAUAUCGUAAGAAACGCAAGAAGUAAAAGUUCAGAGGACUUUGGAAAAUCGUCCAAUGA